GAAUUUGGGGGCUGGCCUAGGUGGUGACAUAAAGUUACAUAUAAGGCAGCUGCAGCGGAUUUCAGAACACUAGCGGAGUAUAUUUCCUGGUGUGCAGCUCAGCAGGUUUGGAUCCUGGAAUUAUGAGUGGAUGCCCCUUCGCAGGGAACAAUUACCUGUUUAAUUUUAGCAACCUAUCUUUGGAAGAUGAAAAACAUGACAAAUCACAAGAAGGGAUAAAUAAAGCCAGCAAAGGUGGACUUGUCUAUGGAGACUACCUACAACUGAACAAAAUACUGAAUGCUCAAGAACUUCAAAGUGAGAAGAAAGGAAAAAAAAUACAUGAUGAGCAUCUUUUCAUUGUGACACAUCAAGCUUAUGAACUUUGGUUUAAGCAGAUUCUGUGGGAAAUGGACUCUGUGCGGGUGAUCUUUCAAAAUGGCCAUGUACGAGAUGAGAGGAACAUGCUGAAGGUUAUUACUAGAAUGAACAGAAUUUCAAUGAUUCUGAAAUUACUUGUAGAACAGUUCUCAGUUUUGGAAACUAUGACUGCAUUGGACUUCUUUGAUUUCAGAUACUACCUAAGCCCAGCCUCAGGCUUUCAGAGCCUACAGUUUCGCUUGCUAGAGAACAAAAUUGGUGUUCCCCAAAGUCUAAGAGUCCCCUAUAAUAGAAGGCAUUAUCGUGACAACUUCAAGGGACAGGAUUAUGAACUACUGCUUAAAUCAGAGCAAGAACCAACACUACUGCAACUUGUGGAGGCAUGGCUGGAAAGAACGCCAGGACUCAAUGCAGAAGGAUUUGAUUUCUGGGGACAAUUUCAAGUGAAUGUUUUAAAAGGUCUAGAAGAGGAAUUUGCCUUGGUGCAGGCCAAACCUGGUUCAGAAGAAAAAGAUGACCUAUUAUCUGAAUUCCAAAAACAGAAAGAUGUAUUACUUUCAUUAUUCGAUGAAAAACGCCAUGAACAUCUGCUUAGCAAAGGAGAAAGAAGACUGUCUUAUAAAGCACUGAAGGGUGCCUUAAUGAUCUACUUCUACAGAGAGGAGCCUCGCUUUCAAGUCCCUUUUCAGCUUCUUACUUCCCUUAUGGAUAUCGAUGUGCUGAUGACCAAAUGGAGAUAUAACCAUGUCUGCAUGGUGCACAGAAUGAUUGGCAGCAAGGCUGGCACCGGGGGCUCAUCAGGCUACCACUAUUUGCGCUCAACAGUGAGUGACAGAUACAAGGUGUUCGUGGAUUUGUUCAAUCUUUCAACGUUUCUAGUGCCAAGACACUGGAUACCAAAGAUGAACCCAACCAUUCAUAAAUUCCUUUACACGGCAGAAUACUGUGACAGCUCCUAUUUUAGUAGUGACGACUCUGACUAGCCUGCCUUUCUAGACUGCCUGCUGUAAAGAACUUCAGGACUUCCAGCCCCAGUGGUGCUACCCCUCAAAUAGCACUGCUAUUCUCACACAGUGUGUGUGUGUAAAUAUAUAUUUAUGUGAUAGCAAGAUCGGCUUACGGAAGAAGUUUAAUUGUUUGUAUAAAAAAUAAUCUGUAUUGAGUUAGCCUAUAUUAAAACUAAAACGAUACCCCAAUUCAACCCAACGACUAAUUUAACUUUUAGUUGGCUUCUUAAAACCUACAUCUAGGGAGAGCGAGCAACUUACAUACAAUUAUCAUCAUGUCUUACUUGUACAUAUUUGUGUAUUUGUUUGGCUCAUGGUUUCUAGUAAUUUUACUACUUCUAGCUGAGGACAUAAUUAGUCUCAUUACUUUCAGAACAAAACUGGUAUUUGAGCUCUAACAGAAUUUCAAAAGGAAUUUCUGUUUAAGAGUUUCAAAAGCUAGAUUAAAAAAAACUAUUAAGUCUUGAGUCUACAGACACUCAAGCCUCUUGAACUUUUACACACAUCAGGAAUCAUGUUGCUAUCUAUGUGUUGUUACAUGUGAAUGUAAAUACCUUCAGCAGAAAUACUUACUCUUAAGAAUAGCAGAUAUAAAUAAGUACCUACUUUGCACUUCAAAUAAAGUGGUAUUUAAAGCUC